GCUAAGAGAGCAGCGCAAGCUUUUCUCGGGGCUGAUCAGCCCCGUGCAAGCUCGCGCAAAUAGACGUUUCUGAGCGUCUGAGUCGCUUUCUUCUCCUGAACACAUUGGAUAAUAAAGAGUUAUGCAUGUAGUCCAUUAUUUGGGAAAAACGUGGGAGUUGUACGAUAUUUUGUAGCGUCCCGUUGUUUCUUAUAUUUUUAACAAAUUGGCCAUGGUAUUAUUUGCGUAGAAAAUGUCCAAACAUCACCACAGGACGCAACAAAAUCAGCACUCUGGAUUUGACGCCCCCACCCUUUUUUUUCGAUCUGAUUUUGGAGAGGAAUUAUUUGAUUGAAAGAAUGCAUACAAAAAAACAAUUUAAUGGCAGAUCUUGAAGUUUUCAAAAAUCUAAGUUUUGAGAAGGUCGAGCGAUGUAUGAGUGUCAUGCAGUCGGGGACCCAGAUGGUCAAGCUGAAGAACGGCUCCAAGGGUUUGGUGCGGCUCUUCUACCUGGACGAGCACCGGUCCUGCAUCCGAUGGCGGCCCUCCAGAAAGAGCGAGAAGGCCAAGAUCACUAUCGACUCUCUGUACAAGGUGUCUGAGGGCCGGCAGUCAGACAUCUUCCACCGACAUGCAGACGCAAACUUUGACCCCGGCUGUUGUUUCACCAUUUACCAUGGAAACCACAUGGAGUCCCUGGACCUGGUGACCACCAAGCCCGAGGAGGCACGCACCUGGGUGACAGGGCUCAGGUACCUAAUGGCCGGGAUCAGCGAUGAGGACUCACUGGCUAAAAGGCAACGCACCCAUGACCAGUGGAUGAAACAGACUUUUGAAGAGGCAGACAAGAAUGGAGAUGGUCUCCUGAAUAUCGAGGAGAUCUACCAACUUCUUCACAAGAUGAAUGUGAACCUCCCACGGCGAAAGGUGAAGCAGAUGUUCCAGGAGGCGGAUACGGAUGACCAGCAGGGCACCCUGACUUACGAGGAGUUCAGUGUCUUCUACAGGAUGAUGUCAAUGCGCAGGGAUCUCUUCCUCCUGCUCAUGUCCUUCAGCGAAAGGAAGGACCACCUGACUGCGGAGGAGCUAGGAAACUUUCUGCGUACGGAGCAGAAGAUGGCCAACGUGACCACAGAGUACUGUCUGGAUGUCAUUGAUAAGUUUGAAGUCUCAGACGAAAACAAACAGAACUGUGUCAUGGGAAUUGAAGGCUUCACCAACUUUAUGCGCAGUCCUGCCUGUGACGUCUUCAACCCCCUACACCACGAGAUCAACCAGGACAUGGACCAACCUCUCUGCAACUACUACAUCGCAUCGUCCCACAACACCUACUUGACUGGAGACCAGCUGCUCUCUCACUCCAAGACCGACAUGUACGCCUGGGUCCUUCAGUCUGGCUGCCGCUGCGUGGAAGUCGACUGCUGGGACGGCCCUGAUGGGGAACCCAUGGUCCAGCACGGCUACACCCUCACCUCCAAAAUCACCUUAAAGUCUGUCAUCGAGGCCAUCAACAAGUAUGCUUUCAUCAACAACGAGUACCCGGUGAUCCUCUCCAUCGAAAACCACUGCAGCAUCCAGCAGCAGAAGAAGAUCGCCCAGUACCUGAGGGAGAUAUUCGGUGACAAGCUGGAUGUGGGGGAGUCGCUCAGCAAGGACCACAAAAUGCUGCCCAGUCCCAACAGCUUGAGGGGAAAGAUUCUCAUCAAGGGUAAGCGUUUGCCCCCGUACCUGUCUGCUGAUGUAGAGGAGGGGGAAGUGUCAGACGACGACAGCGCUGAUGAGAUUGAGGAUGACUUCAAGCUGAAGAACAGCAGCAGCAAUGGUCCCAACCAGCACCAAGUGGAGUCGUACAUCCGGAAGAAGCUGGACUCGCUGGUGAAGGAGUCCCAGAUCGGUGACAAGGAGGACACGGACAGCUUUUCCAUCCGUGCACUGUUACGCGCCACCCACGAGGGCCUCAACAUGAACCUCAAACAGAACUCCAAUGUCAGAGAGGGGCUGAAGAAGUCUCAGAGCCGCUCCUUCAUCAGCAACCUGAAGUACAAGAGACACUCCAAAUCCAGGUUCAAGUCUCAGAGCUUAGAUACAGAGGAGGAUGGACUGCAGGAAGCAUCCGGAAAAGACACGGGCCAGUUCAUCAGGGGUUGUAGACGGAGGAAGACCAUAAAGCUGAGUAGAGACCUUUCAGACCUGGUGGUGUUCUCCAACUCUGUGGUCUCCCAAGAGUGCCUGGAAGAGAGUACUCCAGGGAAUGUUCUGUCCUUUAGCGAAAAUCGUGCGCAGCAUCUGGUUCACCACAGAGCGGAGCGCCUCAUCUCCUUCAAUCAGAGGCAGCUCUCCCGCAUCUACCCAUCUGCCUACCGCAUAGAUUCCAGUAACUUCAACCCCCAGGUCUACUGGAAUGUUGGCUGCCAACUGGUGGCGCUGAAUUACCAGACUGAGGGGCGUAUGAUGCAGUUGAACAGGGCCAAGUUUUUGGCAAAUGGUAACAGUGGAUACGUCCUCAAGCCCCAGCCCAUGUGUAAAGGUUCAUUCAACCCAUUCUGUGAUGACCCCUUCCCUGCGUACCCCAAGAAGCAGCUGUUGCUGAAGAUAAUCAGCGGACAGCAGUUACCCAAACCCCCAGACUCCAUGCUGGGGGACCGAGGAGAGAUUAUUGAUCCGUUUGUGGAGGUGGAAAUCAUUGGUCUGCCUGUUGACUGCUGCAAAGAACAGACUAGAGUGGUCGAUGACAAUGGGUUUAACCCUGUGUGGGAAGAGGCUCUCUCUUUCACCCUGCACAUGGCAGAGUUGGCACUGGUGCGCUUCCUGGUCUGGGACCAUGAUCCAAUUGGACGAGAUUUUGUUGGGCAGAGGACAGUGGCCUUCAGCAGCUUGAUGCCAGGUUAUAGACAUGUUUACCUGGAGGGACUGACUGAGGCCUCCAUCUUUGUGCACAUCGCAGUGCAUGACAUCUACGGCAAGUGGAGUCCCCUAGUCCUCAACCCCAGCUAUACCAUUAUGCACUUUCUAGGAGCUAAUAAGGGUCGACAACUCAGAGGAAUUAAAGGCCUGUUCAAUAGGAACAGUAAGCGCUCGGUGGACACCCACACAGGACUCCCGCUGCGUAAACGCUCCGUCAGCGAUCACCUGCUGCGCCGCACUGCUAGCGCCCCCGCCAAAGGCCGCAAGAAGUCAAAGAUGGGCGGCUUCUCCGAGGCGUCGUCCGACAGGAACAGCGGCGGCGACCCCCAGGACUCUCAGGCGUCCCACUGGGCAGUGGAGAGGCGUGCUCCCCCCCGUCCCCAACUGCAGCACCGCCCCGCUUCCAUGCCGCUGGAGAAGCUCCUGCAGGGGGCGCUGGCUCUCUCCUCGCCCAACCAGGAUCAGCCUGACCCAGGCACCGACACGCAUAAGGAAAUGGUUGCCUUGGAGAGACCCAAGUCUGCAUCAGUGGAUCUCCUCAUUGAAACCUCUGCUUGCUUACAACCCCAAGACCUGUCCCUGCCUGCUGACUCCUCCCAGGAAUGGACCAUGAAGCCCGCUGAGGUACAGGAGACUACCUACUUAGUAAUUGGGGAAGGCAGCAAUGAAGGACACAGUGACGAUAGCCCCAAAGACCUACAUGACCAAUCAGAUGAAGCAGCUGAACUUGCUUCCCCGAACAAAACAAUUUUGUACCAAACCAGUUUCCCUGACACAGCAGGGGACCAUAUAAGGUCACAGUCCUCCAAUGUGCAAGCCAGGAAUGAUGAUAUACCAGUGUCGAGCAGGUUGGACAUGAGAGCACUCACCUCCUCAAUGGCAGCUCCCUCCUCUGCCCUACACAUGGACCAGUCUGACUUGCCCAGUGAAAUUUCACUGCAGGAUAGUACAAUUUCCCGUCUCAUUGAUGCUGUCUCCCUCGGCAACGGGAGCGACACCUGUGGAUCGAUAUCUGCACUGAUUGGUCAGUUUGAUGUCACCAGUGAUCAGAGCAACCUGACCUUGGUGUCCAACAUGAAUGGCACCCAGCCCCACAAACUGACUCCCUGCAGAGCCCCUCCCUUUGACCCAUCUGAUACCGCCCUCUUCUCCAGCCCAGAGACCACUGACCCAUCUGUCUACACCAUCCUGGAUGAGGAGGUGCUGUCGCCUGUCACUGUCUAUAACUUACGAGAGCAGAGCAUCCAGAAAAUGAGGGUGGAGUCCGAGGAGAGCACCCCAGUAGGCAGCUUAGCUCCAUCCCCUGUCAAGCACCCCCAUCUUCAGUGCUCAGACAAUGAGGACAACUGGGGUCACCCAUAUCACUGUGCAGGCAUGCAGGAAGAGGAUCAUAGGAUGCACUCAUGUCACAAUGAGGACAUGGUGGGUGAAGGUCAUAGGUUGCCUUCAUAUCAUACUGAGAACACUAGGGAUCAUGGUAGCAAUGUACCCUCUUAUCACACUGAGGUCACUGAGUUGCCUUCAUAUCGUACUGUGGGCAUGAAGGGCAAGGGUAGUGGGUUACACUCAUAUCACUCUAAUGCCUUGGAAGACAGUGGUAGUCCAGUCCAUUCAUAUCACAACAAUUCCAUGGAAAGCAAGGGCAGCAGGGUACCUUGGUAUCACUCAGCAGUUGUGAGUGAGGGUGAGGGCAGCUCAAUACCCUCGUAUGGUUCCCCACGUUUUGCGAGAGAGGGCUACCAAGGCCAAGGAAACGUCAGCAUUAACAGCACCGCUUCUGACUGCUUCCUCCUCUGCCAUGACUCCGCAGGCAGCAGUCUGAUGGAGGUUGAGAUCAAUGUCGACGAGGACCCGCUGGAUAUCACGCUGACUCCCAGAAACGGCUCUGCAUGGGUGGGGGCCGGUGAAACCCCCUCCACCCUCCACAGACUCCCAAAGUCCAGCACACGGUGUCAGUACAGCUGCCCUGUCACCAGCCCCAGAACUGAACACCACCUUGCCAAUAAUGGGGUCAAUGUGCAGGGAGAAUACAGUAAAUCCUCCCACGGUGGGUACUAUGAGUCAGGUGACAGGUGGGCUUCAGCGGAGAGAAAUGAGCGGAACUACAAUGGCUAUGCCUCAGACUGUUUCUGGGUACCCAGGAGUGUCAGCCCCAUUCAGCAGUGCUUAGAUCGCCAUCUCGUCUCCUGCUCUCCCCCUCUUCAAAACAAUUCUAGAGGACUUCCAGUCCCAGCCCAGCAGGGUCAUACGGACACCAACCUCAAUCCUCCUCCCAUAUCCAAAGUCCCCAGCCCCUGUAAGUCCAAAAGCCUUGGUGACCUGACCUCAGAGGACAUUUCCUGCAACUUUGAGAGCAAGUACAAGUUCAUUUGCCGCAGCUUUGUGACACCUGGUAUGCGGGAUAGAAAGUGGAUGGGUAGUCUGACCAAUCGCCCGCUUUCUGCCGACCCCCUCACUGAGCAGCUGCGCAAGCUGGUGUCCCUUGAGCAGGAGGACCGUCCCCUCCCUCCGCUCCUGCCUCUGCCUGCGUGUCCCUUGGGUGGCGACGAGGACUCUCCACAGGUCCUGUCCCGGAGGCUGUCAUCCCGCAGUCAGAGCCGUGUGCGUCACAUUGCCAGCCGUGCUCGAGAAAGGCAGCAAGAGGCCUGUAAACCCCAUCUCUCUGGUGCCCCCUGCAGCACAGCUGGAGUAGUGCUUCGCAACAAACCUGCUGCACAAAACCCCACUGCCAACAGGCACUCCACUGGUUCCUACAUCGCUGGCUACCUGGACCAAGUGGAGGGCCGAGGGCUGCCUGAAGGUGCCUGCACUACACUGCACUACAGCUACAGAGAUCACGGCUACAAUGAUGACUCUGUACUGCAGGCAGACUCCUGCCCCCCUUCAGAACCUGAGGUGUACUUCCUGCUUAGACUGUAAAUCUAUUUCCUGUUCAGAUUAUAAAUCUGUUUCCCUUUCAGCCAGUAAAUUUAAUUUCUGCUAAGAAUGUAAAUAUUUCAUCCUAAGACUACAAAUCUACUUCAUAAUCAGACUGCAAAUCAACUUGCUGAUCUACUCCCUUUUCAGACUAUCUACACUAUGAAGCAAAAAACAGAAUUGUUACAGGGAGAGGGACAUGAGACAUCUCAAAUGUUCUAGCAAAAAAAUGUCACUCUGAAAGAUGUGUUCAAUUUUAAUAGAGAUCCUUAAUAAGUCUUCCUCCAUCUCUAUGUGUUCUGUGUUUGUCUGUGCUGUACUGUAUAUAUGUGUAAAGGUUGCAAUUAGUACGGUAUAGAUCUUUAAAAAAAAAAAGCUGACUAAAUGUCUCAAAAAG